AUGAUUGACUUUACCAGGACUACGAAACGGAUUUUCCGUAAAUGGACCACCAAAGAUGGUAUACUAGGAGACUACGACUACAAAUAUUUGUUUACCCCAGAAAUACCAUUUGUGUCAAGAGAAGCAAAAGUACAGCCCUUCUUUGGACUCAAAUCAGAUAUGCCUUUACUUCUAGGAGCAAUACUAGGAUUGCAACAUUCAUUAGCAAUGAUGGCAGGUUUGGUUGUUCCUCCAAUUUUAAUCAGUGCUUCAGCAAAUUUACCAAUAGAAACACAAGAAUACUUGGUGAGUACAUCUUUGAUUGUUUCCGGUAUCUUGUCCAUCAUUCAAAUCACUCGUUUCCACAUAUACGGAACCCCAUAUCAUUUGGGCACUGGUUUGUUGUCGGUUGUCGGUCCCUCAUUUGCCACAAUCACUGUCACAUCCAGUGCGUUCCCCAUGAUGUAUGCUAAUGGUGUAUGCCCCACUGCGGCUGAUGGAACAAAAUUGCCCUGUCCUGAUGGAUACGGUAUGAUUUUAGCCACUGGUAUAGUGUGUGCCUUGUUGGAAAUAUUGAUGUCGUUUUUACCUGCUAGGAUUCUUCAAAAGAUUUUCCCUCCAUUGGUUACUGGUCCCGUUGUUAUGUUGAUUGGUGUUCAUUUAGUUGAAACUGGAUUGGAAGAUUGGGUUGGAGGCUCUGGUUGUGUUGAUGAAACGUGUUCAAUGGGUAAGUUUUCCAAACCUUGGGGCUCAGCCAAUUUUGUUGGGUUAGGAUUCCUUGUUUAUGUUUCCAUCAUUUUGUUUGAAAAGUUUGGGUCACCAAUUAUGAAGAGUUGUGCAGUUAUUUUGGGAUUGCUCGUUGGUUGUAUUGUUGCCGCUGCCUGUGGGUACUUUGAUUCUAGUCAAAUUGAUGCUGCUAAAGCAGCAAGCUUCAUUUGGGUCAAGACAUUUAAAUUGAAAGUAUAUGGUCCUAUCGUUUUGCCAUUCUUGGCCGUCUACUUGGUGUUGAUGAUGGAGUCGAUUGGUGACAUCACAGCAACCUCAGAUGUAUCUCGUUUGGAAGUUGAGGGCGAACUUUAUGAAUCUAGAAUCCAAGGAGGAAUAUUGGCAGAUGGAUUCAAUGGUAUAUUAGCAGGUCUAAUGACAGUCACUCCGAUGUCGGUAUUUGCUCAAAACAACGGUGUUAUUGCUAUCACCAAAUGUGCAAACAAGGUUGUCGGUUACUGGUGUGUGUUUUUCUUGUUGGUUAUGGGCAUUUUCAGUAAAUUCGCUGGCGCCAUUAUUUCCAUCCCCAAGCCGGUAUUUGGUGGUAUGACUACGUUUUUGUUUUGCUCAGUGACUGUUUCCGGUAUCAAGAUUAUAUCAGGAACCGAGUUCACAAGAAGAGAUAGAUUUAUCUUGACGGCAGCAUUAGUUCCCGGUUUGGGUUCAACAUUGGUUCCUGAUUGGUUUAGUCAUGUUUUCACCUACUCAGGUGAUAACGAGUCAUUGAAGGGAUUUUUCAAUGCCAUUGUGUUGGUGAUGGAAACUGGUUUUGCCAUUACUGGUUUCAUUGGAGUCAUUUUGAAUUUGGCACUACCACAAGUGAAUGAUGAUGUUGAAAAGAUCAAUGAAUUGAUUUUGGAAACAGUUGGCUCUGCUGACGAGCAUGCUAGAGAAGAGUAUGCCAGGAAAGAGGGAAUCUCACUUGAGCAAUUAAAGAGUCAAUUGUCACAUCCACAUGCUCAAAAUGUCUCAAGCCUAAGGUCUUCUGAUGGAAUACCAGACUUGCCAUAUCCACCUAAGAAAUAG